GGAGGCAACACCGAGACUCGGGGUUGGACCUGGUGAGAGUCAAUUGCUCUAAUCCCCGCCGUCAAUUGCGCGGUCGUGCCACUUUCACUCCCACUCUCGCUUCGCCUCCUCAACCCACCUCUCCAUCAAGUCCUAUCGUUUUGCAAUCUUGACAACGAAGCGUGUGCGAUACAAUGAACAUGGUUUGAUUCUUUACUCGGGAUCCGCCUGGGUCUGUCCCGUUAUCGUCACGUCGAGCCUUGGACGCAUUCGCCCCUCGGUCGCCGGCCAUCUGAGUUGGGGAAAUCAUUCGACUCGGUGACAUUGUCCAUUGCCUUCUCGAUCCUUGCAUCGCAUCGCUGUGGUAAAUAAUAAUAUAGGCUUUACCUUGUUGAUUUCGACUUCGCAUUCAACCGAUCCGACACACACUCGGCCGCUCUCCGAGCCUCUCACAUUGCUGCAUCUCCGGACGUACCGAAACAUCGAUUGAUUUGCCUGGUUCUGCAUACUAUGCGCCUUCGCCGAGCGGCUCGUGUGAUCCUUGUCGGCGCGCCCGGUGUUGGGAAAGGCACCCAGUCCGAACGUCUACUUUCGCGCUUCCCUCAGCUGUCAGCCAUUUCGUCCGGAGACCUUCUCCGCCACAAUGUCAAGAACCGCACCCCCCUCGGCAUCAAGGUCGAGAAGACCAUGAAAACCGGCGGCCUGGUCCCCGAUGACAUGAUUCUUCGCUUGAUCACCAAUGAACUUUCCCAGCGCGGAUGGAUCUCAAACGGCCAGCCUAGCUUCAUGUCCUUUACUUCCGCCGCUCCGGGUGAUGGCGCUUCUGCCAUCGACAUUGCGGCGGAUUCACCUAUACCAGGCCUGGACACAGACCCAAGUGCAGGCGCAAGUCUGUCGCGCCAAGCUUCCGAGGACCCAACAGCCUCGUUUCUGCUUGACGGGUUUCCACGCACUGCAGUCCAGGCUGAGCGACUGGACGAUAUUGUGCCUAUUAAUUGGGUAGUGUCACUCCAGACACCGUUUGAGGUGGUUAUGGAGCGCAUAUCGUCAAGAUGGGUGCACGAGCCGUCUGGCCGUGUAUACAACACCACAUUCAAUGCGCCAAAAGUGCCAGGCCGUGAUGACAUCACGGGCGAGCCCCUUGUACAGCGCGUCGAUGACAGCGAGGAGGUCUACCGGGCACGGUUCCAGAAAUUCCAAGAGACUAGUGAACCUCUAUUGGAGCAUUAUGCCAAGAAAGGCGUUUUGUGGGAGGUCCAUGGCCUCAGCAGUGAUGAGAUUAGCCCUCAACUAUACCGGGAAUUCGAGAAACGGUUCCUUUGAUGGAACCGGUAUACUAGCUGCAAUGAAUCAUUGCAUUGAAUAGUGCGAUCUAGGAUGCUCAUGUACAUUGUGUUGUAGAAUGUACAGCUUCAAGGAACGUCGAUGGGUAGCGGAGUACUCAACAAAUCCGCUCGGAACUUUAAAGAAACAGAAGCCAUGGCAAUGAUAUAGACGAUUGUCUUGUGUACAAAUAGGAAGGAAAUACCUACUCUCUUGAUGGACGGCUACAUACAUAGUCUGGAAGCAUUGGGUAUACCAAUACACCUAUCACCCCUGCUUUAGUUCACAUUCUCUAGCUUGCUGUGCUUCAUAUACCUAGUACCUACAUAUAGUUUAUUGAAAAUGUAGCCGACAAAAACUCUCCGUCUACAAUAUCUUGCGAUUCAUCCUCCUAACGGAAAGUUAAUACAUG